AUGAAUAAUAAUAAUAGAAUUGAUCCAAUAUCGCAUUUAAUCACAUUACUCCGAUCCCAUUCAGGAACAAUACCGAUUGAGACAUUGCCUGCCAUUUUAAAUAAUGCCAUAUACUAUAUACCAAGAGCUCGUUCCAAAGAAAAUUUACAAUACUUAGUAUCUUCCUUUUUCCAAUCAGAAUUAUGGCAUCAAUUGAAGGAUCCCAUGGAAUUACAAAGAGCUACACAAUCAAUAUUUCAAUGGAAACUAGAAAUUUCUGAACCGAUCAUUAAUUUAAACGACUUUUUUUACGUUUGGAACCAUUCUAUUAUCAAUUGUAAUAAAUGGGAUAUUAUAAAAUUAAGUAUUUUGAGUGGUAUUAUCAGUACUAAUGAAACGUUCCUUCAAUUACAAAAGCAAUAUUUUUUAGAUGACUCAGGAAGGGUUCAAGAAAUGUAUACCACAUGGAAACAAAAAUAUUUCUUACCUAUAUGGUGCCAAUCGAUUCAUCAAUGGAAUUAUAAACCUAAUGACAAAUCCAAGUCGCCUGAAUUAGAUGACUUGGUUUUAAUAUAUUCAGCAAGCCAACUCGAUGACAGUAAUAUGGAAUUUUUAAUGAAGAAUAAUAUUCCAUGGAAUUUUAUCGUUGAAUCUUGUAUGAAAUUAUCGAUACAAUAUAUUACCAAGGGUAAUCUGAGGGACAAACGAAACCAGAAUGAUAAAAUGUUACAACUAAAUUUAAAUCAAGUAGCUAAAACUUUAAUGACUGGAAUACCAAGGUGUGAUAUUAGGACAGUUUCAAAAGUAUUAAAUAAUUAUACUAGUGUUUGUUUUGACGUUUGUACUAAGGAAGUGAAUCAUGGUAAUUCUGAAAUAAAAUAUGCGGAUGAGUAUUAUUCGAACAUAUUCAUUUUCAUAUUGCUAACUUUGAAAAGUUGUUUACAACGCAGUAAUAAAUAUGGAAUGAUUCCAGAAUUAUGGUAUAACCAAAUAAUAUUGUGCCUUUUCUAUCUCAAUUUCAUUGCAUUGGAUUUUGGUACAGUAGGUUUCCAAUUGUACGAUUACGUGUAUGAUGUGACAGUCACUGGUAUCAAGAUGACUAGUAAUAUUCAAUUCAAAAAUAAUGGAAUGAGUUAUUAUGAAGAUAUAAUAAAUAAUCUAAAGGGCAAUAUUUGGUUAAACGAUAACGGGUUUGCAAACAAGAUAAAUAAGUCGAAGAUGACUUUUUUUCUAAUAUUUUUACAAAAAACCUUACCUGGCCUCGAUGGUAUCACAGGAACCUUUUAUAAUGAAACGAUUACUCCAUUAGAAUAUCUGUGCUUUGAGGAAAAUAAUAAAGAUGAGACUAUUCGAGAUCUACUGCAUGGUGUGAUAUUAUCAGUAUUUGAUAAUAUAAGAUUCGUCUCUGGUACAGGCCUACUUAUUUGGCAAGCUGACCAUCUCUUACGAUAUAUCAACCUUUGUUAUGAUCAGUACCAUAAUAAGAAUAAUCUAUCGGAAAAACAAUUACUGAUAAUUAUCCAAACUUUAGGGCCUAAAUCAGUUUUCUUAAGAACGUUUAAUCGAGAUUUAACUGGGGAACUGUUACAUCUUACUUAUUUGAGGGUUAUAAAUUGCUCUCCCAAUGAAGUAGAACAACAGAAGACUUUCAUUAAAUGCAUAAUUUUCCUUUUAUCGUUCACGGAUGAUCGAUAUAUGUGUGACUGGCUAGAUAAUAUCCGUGAACUAAUAUUGAAGACAAAACUUGACAAGAAACAGUAUAAUGAGUUGUUACAUCUGCUAUGGAAUGUCAUAUCUGAUAUUAAGUCAGGUACAGCCAUUAAAUGGUGGUAUAUGCACAAAGAGUCAUUGAGAAGUAAGUUAUAA